AUGAAGAGACAAAGUUCAAUUCAAGAUUUUUUCACGAAAAGACAAAAUGUGGAUAGACCUGGAGUUGAAAAUUUAGAAGCCCGCGUUGCCGUGGAAGGACAAAGUGAAAUUGCUUGUGCCGAUGUCUUUCAAACGAGCUCCUCUGGUCAAGAUGUGGAAGGUAUUUUUCAAGUUAUUAAAAAUGUAAACGAUAUUGGAAAUUACUGUCAAAGGAGUUAUAUUUGUUCAUUAACAAAUGAUGAAAAAGUUUCAUUGUUAGAAAAUGUAUGGAAACCUCAGUCUGGUUACAAAUUUCCUACCACUUCGAUUUCAAACCACACGAGAUCCUUUCAAGCAAAAUGGCUUGAAGAAUUUGAGUGGUUAACGUAUUCAGAGGAGAAAUGCGGAGCAUUUUGUAAAUACUGCGUGUUUUUCACUCAGAGCGAACAUGUAGGGAAAGGAAAUCACCAAUCAUUGGGAAUAUUUGUGACCCAGCCUUUCAUAAAUUUCAAAAAAGCUAGGGAAAUGUUCAAAAAUCAUCAAGAUUCGAAAUACCAUAGGCAAUCCAUUUUGAUUGCUGAAAACACAAAAUCCUUGAUUAAAAAAAAACGUGAAAGUGUUAUUGAUCAAGUGAAUUCUCGAAGAAAAUUAGAUAUUGAGAAUAAUAGAAAGAAACUGGUUGCUAUAAUUCAAACUAUUAAGUUAUGCGGAAGGCAAAUGAUUGCUCUCAGAGGUCAUAAUGAUUCUGGACGAGUGAGUCUUGAAGAACCUGACGAAAAUGACGGAAAUUUCCGAUCAUUGUUGAGAUACCGAGCUAACAGCGGAGAUAAUCUUCUUAAGGACCAAUUGAUCAGUGCUGGUGGAAAAACAAUGUACACAAGCCCUGUCAUUCAGAACGACAUCAUUAACACAUUUGGUUCUUUGAUUCAAUCCAAAAUUGUGGCAAAAGUAAGGAAUUCUAUCUUCUAUUCUGUUUUAGCGGAUGAAACCACUGAUAUAAGCCAAAUAGAACAAUUUUCACUUUGCAUUCGCUAUGUUGAUGAAGAAACUUUCAAAAUCAGAGAAGAUUUCCUAACGUUUGUCCCCGUUCAUGAUGUAACUGGUGCAGGUUUGGCGAAAACUGUAUUAGAGACCUUGUCAAAUUUAGGUCUUGAUUUGAACAAAUUGAGAGGCCAAGGAUACGAUGGUGCUGCCACUAUGAGUGGCAAGUUCAGAGGAGUUCAAGCUGCUAUCAGAGAAAAACUACCAUUGGCCCUUUAUACACAUUGUUCUUCGCAUACACUCAACUUGUGCUUGUCAGAUGCAAGUAGCAUUUCCUCUAUUAGAAACUGCAUGGGUGUCAUUAAAGAAAUAUGUGCAUUCUAUCAUGCAUCAGCUAAGAACACAGAGAUUUUAAAAUCCACGAUUUCAGAGUGCUUUCCUGAUGAAAAGAGAAAGAAGCUGAUUUCAUUGUGCGAAACGCGAUGGGUGGAGAGACAUGACUCAGUUAUUCUAUUCAAAGAAAUUUUAGAAGCUAUCAUACUCUCCCUACAUAAGAUAGAAGAAUCUAGUGUUUCAUCAACUAAAGCAUUCGCUUUAAGUCGUGCCAUUUGUACUUUUCCAUUUAUUGUUAAUCUUUUCAUUUUGAGCCAGAUGCUGUCGACUACACACAGCUUGUCUGAGACCCUUCAGAAAAAAAAACAUUGA